AAGUGUCGUGCAUGCAUUUUGUGCUUCCAUCUUUUUUGUUUCUUUCCUUCUCUUCUUUGCAUGCAACUUUCUUUCUCUACUUUCUCUCUCUAAAAUCCUUGUACUUUGUUCACUUUGUUGUGUAUAUACAUAUGUAUAGUCUCAUGAAUCUUUUUAUCAGUUUCUCUAUAAUAGUAAAUUACUCACCGACCACCGACCACCGCUGUUGAUUUUUUUUUUUUUUUUGUUUCUAUUAGUAUUUGACCCAGUUUUUUUUCCAGUUCAGGAAUCAUUGUUAAGGUUUUUUUUUUCUGGGAAAAAUUUGCUGCAUUUUUUGAUAUUGGUUAAGGGAUAUAAAUGGGGUCAAUGAUUUGCAUGAAUGAGCUUUGUCGUGCAACGACGUCGUCAGAAUGGAAGAAAGGUUGGGGAUUCAAAUCUGGUGGAUUUGCUAAGCUUUGCUACAACUGCGGAUCUGCUUUUGAAAAUUUUGUUUUCUGUGAGACGUUCCAUCCGGAUGAAUCUGGUUGGAGGGAAUGCAGAACGUGUAGAAAGCGUAUACACUGUGGCUGUAUUGCGUCAAAGUAUUUGUAUGAGUACUUGGAUUAUGGAGGUGUUGCAUGUAUACUCUGUGCACGUCAUUUGGAUGGUCAUUCCACCAGGCCAAUACAGAUACCUGGUGAUGAUCUUCGUAAUGGCACAUUGGGAUCUAAGACUGCACAGCCACUGGUCGUUGAGAAUAAAAUGGAUGAGCAUGAGUUUGACAGAAGAAGGCUUAUGCAGUUGAGCAAGACAGGGGAAAGCAGUGAGCCUGGUCAAAUUUUUCAAACUCAAAAGAAUCUUCCUAUUGGUAAUAUGAGUUCAUGCUUUUCAAAUCUGAGCCAGCAGCCCUUUGGAGCUUCUCUAUUUGGCAAACCGGAUACUGAGAGACCAGGUCAAGGAGUUAAAGAUAUGUAUGACUCGAUCAAUCAGCCGUCUCUAAAUUUCUCUUUGAGUACUCCAAUUGGUACUUCAAGUUCAGGACAGCCUUUUCCCGGUGGGGAUAUUGAAGGAAGGGAACAAAGCAAAGCUUCUCUCUUUCAACAGAGCCAAAGGGCACGCCAUAUAUUGCCCAAGCCCCCCAAACCUAGCCCAACAUCAGGCUCUGAAUCAAUAAAAGCAAUGGCUUCACCAGCACGGAUUGCAAGACCGCCUGCCGAAGGGCGUGGUGGCCGCAAUCAGCUACUGCCUCGAUACUGGCCUAGAAUUACAGACCAGGAGUUACAGCAGAUAUCUGGCGACUUGAAGUCCACUGUUGUACCUCUGUUUGAGAAGGUCCUAAGUGCCAGUGAUGCUGGACGAAUAGGCCGUUUGGUUCUGCCGAAAGCAUGUGCUGAGGCAUACUUUCCUACCAUAAACCAAUCAGAGGGUCUACCGAUAAGGAUCCAGGACAUAAAGGGCAAAGAGUGGACAUUCCAGUUCAGAUUCUGGCCUAACAACAAUAGUCGAAUGUAUGUUUUAGAGGGUGUCACUCCUUGUAUUCAGAAUAUGCAAUUGCAAGCUGGUGAUACCGUUAUAUUCAGUCGAAUAGAUCCGGGAGGAAAGCUUGUUAUAGGAUUUCGGAAGGCAACAAACAAUGUUGACGUGCAGGAGUCUCAAACGCCUAACCUUACCAAUGGCAAUGGCUCUGCAGAAACUUCAUUUUCUGGCAUGGCUGAAAACUUUCCAAAUGGAGGCAGAACAAGCGAUGAUUCUAUGAACAGGCAAGUGCCAAUGUCUGAGAAGAAAAAAUCAAGAAACAUCGGGUCCAAAAAUAAGAGGCUUCUUAUGCAUGCUGAUGAUGCUAUGGAACUCAGAAUCACUUGGGAAGAAAUACAAGAAUUAUUUCGGCCAUCUCCAACUGCCAAGUCUACCAUUGUUGUGAUUGAGGAUUGUGAAUUUGAGGAAUAUGAAGAACCACCAGUUUUUGGAAAGAGGACAAUAUUUACUGCCCGAUCUUCUGGGGAUCAGGAGCAAUGGGCUCAAUGUGACAGCUGUUCUAAAUGGCGUAGGUUGCCGGUGCAUGUUCUCCUUCCUGCAAAGUGGACUUGUUCGGACAAUAUUUGGGAUUCAAGAAGAUGCUCUUGUGCUGCUCCAGAUGAGAUAAAUCCAAGGGAACUGGAAGCUCUCUUUAGCGUUGGCAAGGAUCCUAAGAGGCGAAAACUUGUAGAAACCAAUGAAGAUUGUGAGCCUUCUGGGCUAGAUGCCUUGGCAACACUUGCUGUUUUAGGAGAUAACAUUGGUGACUUGGGAGAGCCUUCAGUUGGAGCCACAACGAAACAUCCUCGGCAUCGCCCUGGUUGCACUUGCAUAGUGUGCAUUCAGCCUCCAAGUGGGAAGGGCAAGCACCAGCCGACGUGUAAGUGCAACGUCUGCUUGACUGUGAAACGUCGUUUUAAGACACUAAUGAUGCGUAAGAAGAAAAAACAAUCAGAACGAGAAGCGGAGCUUGCACAGGCAAAGGAUCAGGUCCCUCCUAAAGAUGAAUCAGAAACAGACGUGAUAAGUGGAAUAGAGUUGCUUCAAAUGAAUCAUUCUGAGAACGAACUCAUGAAUAACUCCGAGAAUGAAAGGAAUUCAAAUGGGGAUCAAGCGGAGGAGUUUGCAGCCGGGAAGGGACAGUUGGACCUUAACUGCGACCCGAACCGUGAUGAUGACAUGCUAGUAGAGGCCACUGCUGGAAUGAGCAUGACCUCCCUUGUUAAUGCUGCCAACCUCCCUCUGGAGUAUCUAACGCAGAAAGGGCUCGAGAGCUUGGGCACCUCUCUACUGUCACAAGCUGCCGGUGAGAGUGAAGACCACCAUCCAGAUAACGUAUUCGCGAAAACUGCUGAUGCUGAACCGGAGAGUAAAGGCGACUGAGCGUGAUCAACUCCCUAUCUUCAGUUGGUAAUUUGUUUUGUUUAUUUCCAGUUAUAUGAGCCUCAAGUUAAGAUAUAUAGUGUUGUUCACAACCUCAUAGUCAGGUGUUGUUAUACAUACUCACAGUUGUAGGAAUCUGCUUUGUCUUUCAAGUCCUUCACUUUUUGUGGGUCUCAUACAUACCUACUGGAAAAUGUACUUUGUUCUUUUGCCUAAUUUGUGUACUUUAUCAAGGAAAAGCAACCAAAGUUCCAGCAA